AUGCUUCGAGGAGUUGAAAAUAUGCGUAGACUUGGAGAUUUCCGAAUAGGUAUGAAAAAUUUGCGUGAAAAUAUGUUUGCGGAUAGAAAUGCGAUGGUUGAGCAUUUGCGCAGCAAGUCUAAGCACAAUCGCCUCACUCUUCACUUCGCCGUUGAGGAAUCAACGAUUAUGAUAAUUCCGAUCAAACCAGUAGCGGCGAUGGUCGUGUUCUUGCCACUCAUCGUGGCGGUCGCAUCCGCGCUGGAGAUACGGCCGUCGGAGCACGGGCUGGAGUUUCAGAGCCCUCCGCCUGCGGGAGAAAAAUCGUCGCCAGAGAUGCGGUCGUUCUUCGUAGGAACAUCGUCGCCAAUUCCGGAUACAACAUUGCCGUUGCCGAAGGCGAUGAAUUCGAGCGAGGCGCCGGGAUGGUGGACCCACCGUGACGGUGGAAAUAAACGAGUAAGAAAUGCAUUAUUGGUGGCGACGGCGGCUUGUGGAAUUACAGGUGUCACUUUAUUAGUGGGUUCUACGCUAUUCUACAUUUAUAAGGUAAAAAAUCAAACACCAUUGCCAUUAUCUUCAAAUAAUAAUCACAAAUAA